UAGGCGAGUUGUAGGAUUGAUUUACACGCUACGACUCGAGUUGUAGGAUGGCGCAAGCGUGUUGUAUACGAUAGUUGUAGGCGAAAAUCGUACCGUCUAAACCGGCCUUUACAGUCUAAGCUUGGAGAGUGCAGCGGCCGAGCGAGGGACUGCGGAAGAGGGAAAGGGGAGGGAACGUUGCGUGACAGACCCUACGGACGUCUACUCUGGAGAUUAAACAAACAACGAAGCUAAAAAGGUCAAAUUGAGGCGCACUUCUAAUCAAAUCGAGCCAAAAUGUCAGGGCCUUUAGCUGAUGAGCAAUGGCUGGAAAAAAAUCCYCAAGUCCAAAAAUURAUAAAAAAGUUCAUGAAAACGAGUGACGAGGCUAUCCCGUUCAUGAAAGARUAUGCUGAUGCUGUUCCAGAGAUAUGCACAAAGUUACAAGAAUGGAUCGAUAACCUCCAGGUACAAGAGACUGCAGUCAAUAGCGUUCACACAGCAACUACUGGAGUCGCCAUUGCAUCUACCGUUGCCCUAUUCACACCGCUGGCAGUGUUUGGCGUAGUAGGGUUGAUUGGGUCCGGCGUAGGCGCUGCGGCUGUAACAGUUGGUGACGCUGUUUCUAACAGAGUGAAAGCUAAAAAAAUCAAAGAGCUCGUGGAAAGCAAAGCUAUCCUUUUGAAAAAGGCAGAAGAAAAGWUGAAAGAGCUUCAAGAUAUCAUCAAAAAAGUUUCUGAUGUUGGAAAGAUUCCCAUCACAACUGCAAAUAAAAUAUGCUUUGGUAUGAUGRAUAUUGCCAGAGCAGGGGCGGGAGCGAGUAUAACCCUGCAGGGCGAUACGAUAGCCACGUUAUUUGGUAUGUUUCAAGUGUGGAGGGCAGGACAGCUAGCGCCGAAUGGCCUUGCUGUAAUUCAAGGCGUUUCUGGCGCAGGAUCUAUUCUAAUCAGUGGYCUUGGAGCUGUUGUUGGGGUGUGGGUCGUAAUUGACGGAUGGGUUAAUGGUAAUCCUACUAAAAAAGCGACAAUUGAUACGAAAAAGCAWUUGGAAGAAUCAAGAAGAGCCAUUUUGAAUUUGAUUAAUAUAUUCGAGGGUAAUCAAAACGAAUAA